AAAGGCCAAAAAAAAAGGAAAAAAGCAAACCUCAAAAGCGUCAAUAAGAUAAUUGAAAGAAGAAUCUCUAUAAAAAUAAGACUCUCAAUUUAGAAGAUAUCCCGUUCUUCUUAUUACGUUUCUUCUUUCCCCAGUCAGCGCGCCUAUGGCUUCUCCUGAGAAGAGCAAUAGCAAGAUGUCCGUUUCCAUGGAGAGGACCGGCCAGUGGGUUUUCUCCCAAGAGAUCCCAUCUGAUGUUGUAGUCGAAGUUGGUGAAGCCAAUUUCAAUCUUCAUAAGUUCAUGCUGGUGGCAAAGAGCAAUUACAUAAGAAAGCUGAUAAUGGAAACAAAAGAAUCAGACUUGACAAGAAUCAACCUGUCUGACAUCCCCGGAGGCCCUGAGAUCUUUGAGAAGGCAGCAAAAUUCUGCUACAGUGUCAAUUUCGAUACCACUGUCCAUAACGUGGCAGCUCUCCGAUGUGCUGCGGAGUAUCUCCAAAUGACUGAUAAAUACUCCGACAGCAACCUGGCAGGGCGCACCGAAAAUUUCCUCUCACAAGUUGCCCUGUCUAGCCUCUCUGGUGCCGUCGUCGUCCUAAAAUCAUGCGAAGAUCUGCUUCCCAUGGCCGAAGAGCUUAAAAUUGUUCAAAGAUGCAUUGAUGUUGCGAGUGCUAGGGCUUGUAGCCUGGCUAAUUUCCCUAGCCGUACGCCUCCAAACUGGUGGACCGAAGAGCUAUCCAUCCUUGACGUUGAGUUUUUUGGCAGAAUCAUUGGCGCAAUGAAACAACGGGGCGCAACAGCUCUAACGCUAGCCGCCGGUCUCAUAACUUACGCAGAGAGAUGGCUUCGAGAUCUAGUGCGCGAUCACUCAGGCAACGGCAUCAAGUGUUCCGAACCCACAGACUCUGAUCUUCGAAUCCAGCAGCGUGAGCUUUUGGAGUCCAUAGUGGUGCUGCUACCCGCGGAGAAAGCUGCUUUUCCAAUCCAUUUCUUGUGUUGCCUUCUCCGCUGUGCAAUUUUCUUGAAAGCCUCCAGUGCUUGCAAGAACGAGCUGGAGAAACGUAUCUCCGUGAUAUUGGAGCAUGUCACUGUUGAUGAUCUUUUGGUCUUGUCUUUCACAUAUGAUGGGGAGAGGCUCUUCGAUCUGGAUAGCGUCAGGAGGAUCAUAUCCGGGUUUGUCGAAAAGGAGAAGAGCAUGGCUGUUUUCAACGGCGUCGAUUGUAGGGGGGUGAGUUCCUCUGCAAUGCAGAGAGUGGCAAAGACUGUAGACGCAUACCUUGCGGAGCUAGCAACCAUCGUUGAAUUCUCCAUCUCCAAGUUCAACGGGAUCGCCAAUCUCGUCCCUAAAGGAGCCAGAAAGGUGGAGGAUGAUCUCUAUCGAGCCAUUGACAUCUAUCUCAAGGCUCACCCAAAUCUGGAUGAGAUAGAAAGAGAAAAGGCAUGCAGCUCCAUGGACCCCUUGAAGCUGUCUUACGAAGCUCGAGUCCAUGCUUCCCAAAACAAGCGCUUACCCGUGCAGAUCGUUUUACACGCUUUGUACUAUGAUCAGCUGAAGCUAAGGAGUGGUGUUGCAGAUUAUCGCAACGAGCCAAACGCCGUGACCACCAGAAAUCAGUUGCAGGCAGACGUGUCGCUGGUAAAGGAGAACGAGGCCUUGCGAUCCGAGCUUAUGAAGAUGAAGAUGUACAUAUCCGACUUGCAGAAGAAUAAUAAUCAAGCUGGAACUUGUUCAAAGAGCAUGGGGACCAAAAAGCCUACCUUCUUCUCUUCCAUGUCCAAGACUCUAGGGAAGCUAAAUCCCUUCCGAUAUGGCUCCAAGGACACUUCUCAUAUCGAUGAUGGCCAUGGAGUCGACGUUACCAAGCCUAGGAGGAGAAGGUUUUCAAUCUCUUGAUUAAUUUAAUUAUAUAUAUUUAGCUCUUAUCACUGCUGGCUUGUCAUGAUUCUUAUUUUUAUUCUUCUAUGCUUUCUAUAUUUGUGAUGAAAACAAUCUAAAUUUCUUAGUUAUAUACGUUGGUUGAUGAA